AUGGAUUCGUCGCUUCUUCCUCCUGACAUAAACACAAAACCAGAAACCAAGAUGCACCACUCUACUGCUAGAGAAGCCCUAAAUCGCAACUCACCAUCCUCGCACCAUCAUCGUCGCUGCGCUGCGUUCUUCCCAAAUCGUCGCUGCGCUGCGUUCUUCCCGAAUCGUCGCUGCGCUGCGUUCUUCCCGAAUCGUCGCUGCGCUGCGUUCUUCCCGAAUCGUCGCUGCCUCUUUCUUCCCGGCGUCACUGAGCCUCUCCUCUCCAUGGCGUCGGUGCUUCUCCCCUCUCCGAGGCUUCACUGCUUCUCCACGGCGUCCUUGAUCUCCCCUGUUCUGCUUCUGCUUCGCUGCUUCUACCUUGCUACUUCUGCUUCAGUGUCUUGGCUGAUUGUGGAUUGUGCUUUGCUGCUGUUGCUUCGCUGCUGCUGGUUUGCUGCAUUGGCCGUUUGUGGGUUGUCAUUUGUGAAGCAAAAAGCUCUUUUGGAUAGUGAAUCCGAUGAGAGUGAAGUCCAUGAAGGAUUUGUCGACGACAUUCAUGGGCUGCUAAACGAGACGUUUCGGCAUGUGCUUGAAGGAGAUAAAGAUGCUGAUGGGCCAAACGAAGAUGCAAAAAAGUUUUAUAACUUGCUUAAAGAAGUAAAACAAGAGUUAUAUCCUGGCUGUAAAAAAUUUUCGAUAUUAUCAUUCGUUAUCCGAUUGUAUUUGUUGAAGACUCUUAAUGGUUGGAGCAACACAUCCUUUACUGCUCUACUUGAAUUACUGAAAGAAGUGAUUCCUCAUUUGAAUAUUCCUGAUUCUUUCAAUAAAAUCAAGGCCAUGGUAAAAGAUUUAGGACUUGGUUAUAAUAAAAUUCAUGCUUGUCCCAACGAUUGUGUUCUGUUCCGGGAUACAUAUGAAGAUGAUGAAUUUUGUCCAAUUUGUGAAGCUUCCAGGUACAUAGAAAAUGUUGAGGUAGAUAUAGAAGUUGAUAAGUUGAAGAAAAAACCUGUGCCUGUGAAGGUUUUGAGGCAUUUUCCCUUGAUUCCAAGGCUUAAGAAGCUAUUCCUGUGUUCCAAAACAGCUGAAUCAUUAAGGUGGCACGAUGAACAUCGUUCAAAGGAUGGAAAGUUAAGACACCCAGCUGAUGGCCAAUCAUGGAAAGACUUUGACAGGCUUCAUCCCGAUUUUGCUAAAGAAUCUCGUAACAUAAGAUUAGGGCUAGCUAGCGAUGGAUUUAAUCCAUUUAGAACCAUGAGCAUCUCCCAUAGUACAUGGCCGGUAGUUUUGGUUGCAUACAUUCUUCCUCCAUGGUGUUGCAUGAAACCAGAGUAUGUCAUGAUGUCCUUGCUCAUCCCUGGACCAUGUUCGCCUAGAAAAAGCGUUGAUGUGUAUCUUCAGCCAUUAAUUGAAGAGUUGAAGGUUUUAUGGGAAGUUGGAGUGGAAACAUAUGAUGCUUCAAAGAAUCAAACUUUUCAACUACAUGCAGCACUUUUAUGGACCAUAAGUGACUUUCCAGCUUAUGCUAUGUUAUCCGGUUGGAACACAAAGGGAAAGUUAGCAUGUCCUUGCUGUAAUUAUGACACCUCAUCUUGUUAUUUAAAACAUAGCCGGAAGAUGUGCUACAUGGAUAACCGUAAAUUUUUGGCUAUGGAUCAUCCAUAUAGGAUGGACAAAAGAUCUUUCAAUGGUGAUGUUGAAUUGAGGUCUUCACCAGCUUUAUUAGAUGGGGAACAAAUUUUUGAAGAUUUGAAAGAUUUUGAAAAUCAAAAUACAUUGCGCCAUUGUCUUGAUGUUAUGCACAUCGAGAAAAACAUAUGUGAUAACAUAAUUGGAACUUUAUUAGACAUUCCAGGAAAGUCCAAAGAUCAUGCAAAUGCUCGUUACGAUCUCAAAGAUAUGGGCAUAAGAAAAAAACUUCAACCAAAGGAGAUAGAUGGUGGCAAGAAAGAAAAAAUUGCUAAGGCUUGUUUUAACCUUACUAAUCAAGAAAAAACCAUUUUUUGUAAUAUUUUAAAGUCAGUAAAAUUGCCAUCUGGUAGUGCCUCAAAUAUUUCUCGGUGUGUUCAUGUUGCUGAGAAAAAGAUAUCAGGCUACAAAAGUCAUGAUACUCAUUUUAUGUUGCAUUAUUUGUUGCAAGUAGCUAUAAAAUGCACAAUGCAGAAUCAAGUAGCUGGCCCUUUAAUUUAUCUAGGUUCAUUCUUUCGUUCCUUGUGCCAAAAAGUUGUUGAAAAUGAUACAAUAGAGCAUUUGGAAGUAGAUAUUAAAGAGAUUCUGUGCCAAUUGGAAAGAAUAUUUCCUCCUAGUUUCUUUGAUAUAAUGGUCCAUUUGCCUAUUCAUCUGGUAAACGAGUUGAGGUUGGGUGGCCCAGUUCAAUUUAGGUGGAUGUACCCCAUUGAGAGAUAUCUGUGUAGGUUAAAGUCCUACGUACGCAAUAAGAGCCGCCUCGAAGGUUCAAUUGCUGAAGGAUAUUUAGCCGAGGAAUGCUUGACAUUUUGCUCAAGGUAUUUAAGUCGUGAUGUGGAUACAAGGCUGAGUAGGAGGACACAAAAUUAUGAUAAUUGCAGUAAGGCUGACGUAUGUCAUGAUAGCUACUUUGCAUGCUUGGGGCGACCAAUUGGUGGAAAGAGGAAAGGGCAACCUUUUUCUCUCGAUACCAACUCAAAAAUACAAGCUCAUCGAGAGUAUGAGGAACAUGUCAACAAUCAAACUAAAGGUAGAAAAUGGAAGAAGGCAAAAACUCUAAUCCAUGAUUUUAGUGAAUGGUUCAAAGAGCGUGCUUCUCAUGAAGAUGUUCCGAAACAACUUAAAGAUUUGUCUAGAGGCCCAAACACAGUUGCAAAACGAUUUUCUAGUUAUGUAAUUAAUGGCUACAAAUUUCAAACUAGAGAACAUGAUGCAAGCCACACAACUCAAAACAGUGGUGUGACUUUGGUGUGCAAAACACCAAGCUUUGCUAGUGCCAAGGACAACAACCCAAUGACAAAAGCCGUAACUUAUUUUGGUGCAAUAAAUGACAUAAUUGAGUUAGACUAUUAUGCAUGUUUCAAAUUUGUUCUUUUCAAUUGUGAUUGGUUUGAAGUUGAGGAAGAGAAUUUUGGUCUAACUUCAGUUCACUUUAAUAAAAGAUGUUCUCGGGAUGAUCCUUUUGUAUUAGCUUCACAAGUCCACCAAUGCUUUUAUAUUCAAGACCCUUUUAACGAAGACAAGCAUUAUGUCAUGGACACAGUGCCAAGGGAUUUAUUCAAUAUGUAUGAUGGGUAUGAUGUUGAAGCCGAAGAGUCUAAUCAGAAGGACCCCUUUGAUCAAGCGAAUAAUUUGUUUGUCCCAAAGGAUAAUUGUGAAGUUCAAUGGACUAGAGAAGACAUGCCAAAUACAAUCAUUGAGAAACCUUCACUUAUUCUACAACAAGCUGAAUAUGAUGAUGAUUCUGAUCUUUAA